AUGUCUUCUUUGCUUGUUUCGUCAGUCACUGAAAAUGCCCUCAUAUAUGAUGGCGCAGUCCAAGAUUGCUCAACGUCUGCUGCAUUUAUCUUCAAUGUUGAGGAAGAGGCCACAACCUUAGUAUUGAAUAUUGUGGGUGAAGAUGUUCCUAAUAUGGUACUUCUUAGCGAUCCCAACAGAAAUCGGAUUAAUGUUCCUGAUUACACAUCAUUUAUGGAUCAAAACACCAUAACUCUGUCAAUAGGUUUGAAUAAAACACAGUACCGUGCAACACCAUGGUCAUUAUCAGUGAGAACGACCAGCGGACCAUGUUUUGUGCAGGUGCGAGCUGUAUCUCCACUUACGGUAAUCCCAGGAUUCACCUCCAUCAUGUCCAAUGAUUAUCCAGCUGAAUCACCGUUUUCUACAAGAGGAAGCGACCACCAUGCUUAUACAGUACUACGUGUUCCAAACAAUUCCUAUACUGUAGACCAAAUCAGCAUCGGACCAGGUGAUGUCGCAAAUCCAUGGACGGACGCGACAUCGUUGCAGUCCGUUCAAGCGCUUCCGAGAGACACUGCAUCCUGUUCCUAUCAGUACAUCUCUGAAAAAAAUGUUGAGAUGCCGACUUCUAAUCUAGUUAGAAUGGAGGUUUCCGGGCAUACUUCAACGAGUGCAUGGUAUCAAAGGACCUUUUACUUCGAGCAAAUCAAUGUAUUUGCGAGUGUCUGCAAUCACGGACAAGCCAACAUGUAUGGAGAAUGUGUUUGUGCUGAUGGUUACUCGGGCCAAUUCUGUGAUCUACCUCCUUGCCGAAAUGGUGCCACGAGAUCGAUGACUGUUUGUCUUUGCGCUACAGGAUACUACGGACAAUUAUGCGAAAAUAGAAUUGGAGGGUUUGAACCUAUCACAACAACGACGACUACACCGAUAACUAUUACAAUACCUUUGCAACCAACUCCUGGAUCCAGCGCAGCAUUAAAUGUUUUCGUAGUUUUUUUCAUUGUUUUAGGAAAACUAUUAUUAUAAUUGGGAACUGUUUGCUGUUGAAUGGAUCAUUUAUCGACUACUUUUUUACGUUGAAAAAGUCGUUUGUAACUUUUCCUGUUUUGUUCUUUUUAAAUGAGUGUAUUGCCAAAAAUUUAUUGUUCUAUUUCCCUUAAUUUUCUGUCAAUCACUAACUAAUCGAUUUCGUCAU